GAGGAAGGCGGUACCAGACCUAGGCCUCAAACCCUCGCUGCGGGAAAAAGAGAAGGGAAAGAACUGCCAAGAAACACUCCACCACCAGUCGUACGCUCCAAACCCUAGAUCUCUCCAUCUUCAGCCUUUGUGCACUUCUCAUUCUCAGCUCUUCUUCAAGAUGGUGUCGGACGCGAGCAAGAAGAAGGCGGCUCAGAAGAAGGCGGCAGCUGCCGCGAAGAGAGGUGGCAAGGCGGCUGCGGCUUCAUCGAAGGCCGCUGCUGCGGCGGCGGCCAAUUCGAAGGCUGCAGGCGGAGUUGGUAACUUGGCGAGCGAGGUCGAAGCGCUUCAGAUAUCGGAUCGGAAUUGUACCGGUGUCCUUUGUUCGCAUCCGCUGUCCAGGGAUAUUAGGUUAGAAUCUUUAUCACUUACAUUUCAUGGACAUGACCUCAUAGUCGAUUCCAUACUGGAACUCAAUUAUGGCAGGCGCUAUGGUUUGCUUGGACUGAAUGGAUGUGGGAAAUCUACACUCCUUACUGCAAUAGGGUUGCGAGAGCUUCCUAUUCCUGAGCACAUGGAUAUUUAUCACCUGACUAGGGAGAUUGAGGCUUCUGACAUGUCUGCACUCGAGGCUGUCAUAAACUGUGAUGAGGAGAGGUUGAUGCUGGAGAAAGAAGCUGAAGCUUUGGCAGGACAGGAUGAUGGUGGUGGAGAAACCCUUGAACGCAUUUAUGAGCGUUUGGAAGCUAUUGAUGCAGCAACUGCAGAGAAGCGUGCUGCUGAGAUCUUGUAUGGACUUGGUUUUAACAAGAAGAUGCAAGAAAAGAAAACAUGUGACUUCUCUGGUGGCUGGAGAAUGAGGAUUGCUUUGGCACGGGCUCUGUUUAUGAAUCCGACCAUCUUGUUGUUGGACGAACCCACCAAUCAUCUUGAUUUGGAAGCUUGUGUGUGGCUGGAGGAAACGUUGAAGAAAUUUGACCGUAUUUUGGUUGUGGUUUCACACUCACAGGACUUCUUGAAUGGUGUUUGCACCAAUAUCAUCCACAUGCAAAGCAAGAAACUGAAGAUCUACACUGGCAACUAUGAUCAGUAUGUUCAAACUCGUGCUGAACUAGAAGAGAAUCAAAUGAAGCAAUAUAAGUGGGAGCAGGAGCAAAUUGCUUCAAUGAAAGAGUAUAUUGCCCGAUUUGGGCAUGGGUCAGCAAAAUUAGCUCGUCAGGCACAGAGCAAGGAGAAAACAUUGGCAAAAAUGGAGCGAGGUGGGCUUACAGAGAAGGUGGCGAAGGAUAAGGUCCUAGUUUUCCGAUUUCCUGAUGUGGGAAAGCUUCCCCCACCUGUACUACAGUUUGUGGAAGUGUCAUUUGGCUAUACACCUGAUAAUCUCAUCUACACAAAUCUUGACUUUGGAGUAGAUUUGGACUCUAGAGUAGCUUUAGUGGGGCCCAAUGGAGCUGGGAAGAGCACACUGCUCAAGCUGAUGACAGGGGAUCUGGUUCCCCUUGAUGGCAUGGUUCGACGGCACAACCAUCUCAGAAUUGCACAGUUCCAUCAACAUUUGGCUGAUAAACUUGACUUGGAAGUGUCUGCUCUCCAGUUUAUGAUAAAUGAGUACCCAGGAAAUGAGGAAGAGCGGAUGAGGGCAGCAGUAGGGAAGUUUGGGCUCACUGGCAAAGCCCAGAUUAUGCCCAUGAAAAACUUAUCUGAUGGGCAAAGGAGCAGGGUGAUUUUUGCAUGGCUGGCAUGGAGACAGCCCCAUAUGCUAUUGUUGGAUGAACCUACUAACCAUUUGGAUAUUGAAACUAUAGACUCAUUGGCUGAGGCAUUGAAUGAAUGGGAUGGUGGCAUGGUGCUUGUUAGCCAUGAUUUUAGGCUCAUUAACCAGGUGGCUCAUGAAAUAUGGGUGUGUGAGAAUCAAACUGUGACCCGAUGGGAGGGUGACAUUAUGGACUUUAAGGAACACUUGAGGAGCAGGGCUGGUAUAGCUGAUUGAAUAGAUGUUAGGAUACCUUGAUUGAUAGCAAGUUCGUACCAGUUCAACCUGGCUGGUGGUUAUGUGAUCGCAGCACAAGACCAGUGAUCCUUCAGUGCAUCACCCAGGUUGAUUAUGGUGAAAGCGGAAGGAGCAGCGGAGGGUGAUUUAAGGCUUGGCUAUUGUUCGAGGUCGGCAGCUUCUUUCUGAGCUUGGACUCUCAGUAACUUCUCCCUCUUGUCUUUAAUCUUAUGCAUUUAUGCCCCUAUUAUUUUUUUGGCUGUGGGCCUUGGAUGGGAUGCCUACAUGGACCUCUAUUAUGUGUUGUGUAUGUUUUGCUUGAAACUCACACCUCAUGGCUUUGGCACCCUUCCUCUGGAACCACUCCCCCCAGAACAAGAAAAGCCCUUUUUCCUUGGCUUCCACAUGGUUUCAACUAGGAUGGCCUGUAUUAGUUUGUACUGAGAUGAACUUGGGUUCUCUUCUAUGGCACAAGGAUGUUACUAAUAAUUUGGUUUAGUAUAUUUGGCUUUUGAGUUUA